CUUUUACAGCCCCCAAUCCGAAGAUCCGGCAAACUUUACAAUGGACUAAAACUAACUUGGCAACACAUACGUGAAACAUAAUCAUGGCGGCUAAACGUAAAAAUGACGUUCCGGUCCCUGUCGAAGAAAGCGAUUUGCUUGUGAUUAGGCCAUUGGGUGCUGGACAAGAAGUAGGCCGAUCAUGUAUCAUGCUCGAAUUCAAAGGCAAGAAGAUCAUGUUGGAUUGUGGAAUCCAUCCAGGUCUAUCAGGCAUGGAUGCACUGCCAUUCGUUGAUUUGAUCGAAGCAGACCAGAUUGACUUGUUGCUUAUUUCACAUUUCCACUUGGAUCAUUGUGGAGCACUUCCAUGGUUCUUACAGAAAACAACAUUCAAAGGAAGGUGUUUCAUGACACAUGCCACUAAAGCAAUUUACCGUUGGUUGCUUUCUGAUUACAUAAAAGUCAGCAACAUUUCCACAGAUCAAAUGCUCUAUACAGAGGCUGAUUUAGAGGCAUCAAUGGAAAAGAUUGAAGUUAUUAACUUCCAUGAAGAAAAAGAUGUUGGUGGAGUGCGUUUCUGGGCCUAUAAUGCAGGCCACGUUCUUGGCGCUGCAAUGUUUAUGAUUGAAAUCGCCGGUGUAAAAGUGCUGUACACUGGCGAUUUUUCCCGACAGGAGGACAGGCAUUUGAUGGCAGCCGAGAUCCCUACUGUUCGACCUGACAUUCUAAUAACAGAAUCGACUUAUGGAACCCACAUCCAUGAGAAACGGGAGGAUCGAGAAAGCCGCUUCACAGGCCUUAUUCAUGAAAUUGUCACCAGAGGUGGCAGAUGCCUCAUCCCCGUCUUCGCAUUGGGUCGAGCACAAGAAUUGCUACUUAUUCUAGACGAAUAUUGGAGCCUGCAUCCCGAACUACAUGAGAUUCCCAUUUACUAUGCCUCAUCGCUUGCCCAAAAGUGCAUGGCAGUGUAUCAGACUUACAUCAAUGCCAUGAAUGAAAAAAUUCGGCGACAAAUAGCCAUCAACAAUCCCUUCAUUUUCAAACACAUCUCGAGCCUUAAGGGUAUCGAUCAGUUUGAAGACGUUGGCCCGUGUGUGAUUAUGGCGUCGCCUGGUAUGAUGCAGAGUGGUCUGUCGCGCGAACUCUUUGAAGCCUGGUGCACAGAUCCCAAAAACGGUUGCAUCAUCGCUGGUUACUGCGUCGAAGGAACGUUGGCGAAACAUGUACUUUCCGAACCAGAAGAUAUCACAAGCAUGGCUGGGCAAAAACUACCAAUGAAACUUUCGGUUGAUUACAUCUCCUUUUCUGCCCAUACCGACUAUCAGCAAACAAGUGAAUUUAUUCGCUUGUUGAAACCACCGCACGUAGUUUUGGUUCAUGGAGAAGCCAAUGAAAUGAAUCGACUGAAAGCUGCGCUCAUCCGAGAGUAUGAACAUGACCCGGACACACAGAUUCGCAUUUACAAUCCGCGUAACACUGCAGCAGUUGAACUACAUUUCAAGGGAGAGAAAACAGCCAAAGUGAUGGGAUCUUUGGCAUUUGAAAAGCCGGUGGAGGGACAGAUCAUUUCCGGGGUACUGGUGAAGCGCAAUUUCAAAUACCAAAUUGUCGCACCAUCUGAUAUUUCCAAGUACACGGACAUGACCGUGAGCAGCGUAACUCAAAGGAUGGGAAUCCACUACAGUGGAAAUUUGCAGACAUUGCAGGCUGUUUUGUCAAAUGUUUCGUCUGACGUCGAAGUUGUCCAUAAUGAUAAGGGACUCAAAUCCUUUCGUCUUUUCUCAGUCAUAGAUGUCAUUGUUGACAAGUCUCUCGUCACGCUAGAGUGGGCAGCUGAUUCCGUGAACGACAUGUUUGCCGACGCCGUUCUUUCGGCCAUUCUUAAGUGCGAAUCACUUCAAGGUUCAAAGACAAUUGUACUUCCCACAACGGUUGAUCACGUCCGAUUUAAGGAAUGUUUGAUUGAAAUGCUCCAAGAUAUGUUUGGCGAUGAAGCUGUUCCUAAAGUAUUUAAGGGGGAUAAGUUUAUAGUUACUGUUGAUGGUAAAAAGGCCAACAUAGAUCUUACUGCAUUGGAGGUGGAUUGUCCUGAAGAUUUGGGUUUUCAGCAAGUGGUACAAACUGCUGUGCUAAAAUUAUAUCAAUCUUUGGCUCCUAAAAGUGAUAAAUUGUAAUAUUUUUGUAUUAUUCCGAAUAACGGGUGAAUAUACAUUUUCUAGCGUA